UGGGCCGAGGGCGAAAAAGACAACAGUCAACAAUAACAAUAAUAAUAAUAUGAUACAGUAAUACGCGACAACACACGAAUGAAACGACUGUAGACGGCAAACCGUACCAAACGUUAAUCGACAUGACGAUCUGUCGCUGCAGAGUGAUAUAUCCGCGGUAAACGGGUCUGCGUGUGUUGGGCGUCCGUUGUAUUUGCGCGCGCCGGAAGUGCGGAAAUGCGUUUGAAAUGGAAGCCUACUACAUGUGGGAGCGGGUCCAUUUAACCGAGGACAUGAGUCGGUCGUGCAGCUCCUGCGACUGUGUCACGUAUUCGUAUUUCUUGAUAUCCGUGUUCCUGUUCACGUUGGGCACCAUCAUAUCGGUGUUCUCGUUCGGCGCGUACGACGACACCGUGUUCGCCAACCUGGGCCACAUGUGGAUGGUCGGACCGCUGUGCAUCUGUUCGGCCGUCAUGAUCGGCAUCAGGAACGUGCUGUACUUGCGGAGGCGCCGCGUCAUCGACAUGGUCAUCCGCCAACAGAUAGAGGACAUACGAUCUCAACAGGGACAGUUGGCAGACUCUCAACAACAGUAUUCGUUGCCGAUACGCACGGUUAGCGAACUCACUUUGCCCCCGUCCUACGAACAGUUGAUCGGCAGCCACAGCGAAGAGGGGAGUGACCUACCACCGCCGUCGUACGAAGAAGCCGUGGUCAGCAUGUCCAAGGAGACGACCAAAAGUGACAACAUUAUUGUCCUUAAUAAUUAUUCUGUUAAAUAAUCUUGUGAACGUAUAUUGAUAGCGGCGACCGUCGUUCGAUAGAAAUAAUUACAUUAUCGACGAGAACUUUAUUCCAGAAAACUUAAUCUGCCACUCUGGACUUUUUUCUCGAAAAUUACAAUGCAAAAUGUAGCCGGUAAAAGUUACAAUCCUCUAUUUGAAAAUUAGAUAUAAAUAGAUUUUACCUGCCAAAAAUUAAUCUCCAGUCUCAUUUGUAAAUAAUAAUAAUAAUAAUAUUAUACUCUGUAUGCUCAACAGUUUUUGUUUUCCCAACAAUGGCUGUAUGAAACAACAGACUUGUUAUGCAAAUGCAUCGGAGACACGCGUAGCGGUUACCUACAUAGAAAAUUAUCAAAAUUUUAUUCAGACUUAUUUUUGUUUCAUCGUUUAAGAGAAAAAUUUUCAUUACUCAUAAGGUCUGAUUUCAAAAGUGUAUUUGAUGGCAAUACGACUGUUUACAUAAUAUUAUAUUGUUUGGAUUUAGAAACUUAAACCAUUUAAUAGUUGAAUUGUCAUGUCGUUUUUGUAGAUAAACGAAUACAAUUUCCUAUUUUAUCGACACAUUACUCAAGUAUCUCAGCUUUGUAAGUAUUAUUGUUUAAAUAAGACGAGCAUUACAUAUUUCCGAUGUUUUUGGAAAAGUUUGUUCUUACGAUUGAAAGUCAUAGUCCAUAGAUGAUUACUAAAUUAAGUCUAUACUAACCUAUGUGAUUAUUGUAUACAAUUUAUUUUUAAGACAACCUUACAAAUGGAUUUGACGUCUUAUACAUUCAAAUUUUGCUGCUGAUUUUCCAUUUAUGGGAUUUAUUUUUGUAGACCAAUUUAUCAUGAUUUUAUUCUGUGAUUAAUAAUCUGAAAAAUUCUAAUAUAAGACUAACUAUUACUCAUAAUAUUGCUCUAGAAUGUACUUAAUUUUUAAACUCACUUAAUAUUUAUUUGUUUAUAUCGAUAUAAAAUAGAACAAUUAAUGAUAUUAAUAAUUUCUGAUGUUCAAGAUGAGAGUUAAUGACUAUCUAACAUUUUUUUUUUUAAGGA